GUCAACAUGUCCUCAUCCAUGUCAUUUUUGUGGCUCUUUGGAUUGUGUACCCUACUUCUCGGAUGCCUCGGUGAUAUAUUUGAGGAGUGCAAUGAUAGCAACAACGGCAUGUAUAUAGCCUCCUCGAAAAGUUGCGCCCAUUAUAUUGCCUGUGAGGGCGAGGAUUCCUUUGAGGGAGAGUGUGGAGAGGGAGAUUAUUUCAAUGCCCAGGAUCAAGUUUGUGAGCUAAUGCUCGACGUGGACUGUCGCACGGGUUUAGCUGUACAAACAGAGCCGGAGUCAGUACCAAUAGAGCUUGGAAGGCCAGAACAGGAAGCAGUGGGACAGAUCACAACCUUAUUGCCCACUUCCAUAGCUGUUUCUACGCAAUCUUCGGCAAUGUCAACAGUCACGUCUAGUGCAUCCUUUUCAAAUUUCAUCUCAACUGCCUCGCCCUCAGUCAUUGUGGUAGGCACUGUAUGUCCAACUCAGGACAAUCUAAACCAAAUUGUCCUGCUUCCAAAUCCCAAUUCUUGUACGGAUUAUUUCAUAUGCUAUCAUGGCCAAGCGCAGGUCUUGAGCUGCUCCCCCCAGCUGCAUUUUAAUCCCUGGACGGGCAAAUGUGAUCGACCCGAGAACGCGAAAUGCCUGACCACAAAUAUAAGUGCUCGAGAGCAAUGCAAGGUCCAUGUUGUGGAUGUCUAUCCGCAUUUGGACAACUGCAACUAUUUCUAUAGUUGCAACAAGGGAUACCUGAUGGUACAACAAUGUCCUAUCUCCUUCGGCUGGGACUUCGAAAAGCGUUCGUGCAUGGAAAUUAGUCAUGCUAAAUGCUAUAAUAGUAAAUCAAGCAUUUAG